AAACACAAUAAUGGAAUGACUCUUUCACCGGACGUGGAAUGGAAUGUACUCAGGUAAAUAUGAUGCUUGUGUCGUACUCAGAGUAACAUCACAAGCAUCAUAUUCACCUGAGUACAUUACACCAACACAGAAAAAAUCAUGAUUAUUAGAUUACAUUGAUAUCGAAGGAACUAGAUUCUGUUCCGAAAUAUCACAUACUCGAACCGACCUGACCGCGUAACUCAGUUGGCAGAGCAUUGGGUUAGUAUUCCAAAGGUCGUAGGUUCGAUUCCACCGUAGCCAGGCAUAUUUUUCAAGCUUGUCCGGUGUGGAUAUACACUCAGAGUAACAUCACACAAACAUCAUAUUCACCUGAGUACAUAACACCAUGCAACACAGAAAAAAUCAUAUUACUAGAUUUUUAAUACAUUGAUAUCGAAGGAACUAGAUUCUGUUCCGAAAUAUCGCAUACUCGAACCGACCUGACCGCGUAGCUCAGUUGGCAGAGCAUUGGGCUAGUAUUCCAAAGGCCGUAGGUUCGAUUCCCACCGUGGCCCGGCAUAAUUUUCAAGCUUGUCUGGUGUGGAUAUACACACAGAGUAACAUAACAAGCAUCUUAUUCACCUGAGUACAUUACACCAACGCAGAAAAAAAAGACCUACUGUAUAUCUUGGAAAUUAUAAAUAUUUCACUAAAAUUCAUCCACCACAUGCUUUUUCGGUAUCUAAAGCUGUACAUUAGGGCAAAAACCAAAAUUUUUCCAUGUGGAGUACUUAAGAUUCUCACCUUGAGAGUACUUAAGGUCAAUCAAAAUUCAUUUGUACCCUUGCCUUGAAAGUACCCCCCCCCCCCUUUCCCUAAUGGCAGUUGUUAGAUUAUAUAACCUCCCCCUGUUCUUUUGGGCUUCUGAAAACUAUCCAACCUCUACCUUGUAACUAGAUUUUAGCAUGACCGGUUUGAUGGCAUGCAUAUUAAUCGAUGAAAACUACUGUCACUGCAGCUAAAUUCACAGGCUGUAUACAAGCCAGGCUGUUGAACAAUGUAUGCCUAGUAGGAAGAUUUUAUUCACCAGGUACUUUUCUUUAGAGGUAAUCCUUUUGAAGAAGAGUCAUUGCCAAAAGCAUAUUAUUUUCCAUCACUGGAGAGGCAUCUUUCUUCCAGUCAAAAGAAGGUAAUAUAUACAGUAAGUGAGGCAGUAAGGCUAAGCACUACAAUUUCAAUCACAAAGUGCUGAAAAGCAUUUCCAUAUCAUGUGCAGGACCCAGUCAUUUUCUGUCAUAAGCUAGUAUCCCUGGUGGAAAACUAAUGAGUUGAAGAUUCUGAACAGGAUCUUGCAAUAGAUUCACCCAAAUGCAGAGCCUGAAAUAACGGUCGGACAAAACGCACUUUGAAGCCCGUCAAAAACGCGUACGCACUGUAUUGUCUAGUGUAUUUGUUAAGCUUUGUUCAGUCGAGUGUAUGGUAAAUAUUAUCUGAUCCGAGUUAGCGUUAUCAAUUUUUCAUCUUGGCUGUAUCGAGCUAAAAUGGACCCCAGAAUUUAAAUUAUUAUGCUCAAAUAUAACGAAAUUUCCACUUUAUUCGACAGUUAUUGGUCUCGUGUUACAGUGUUUUGAUCCACUUUUGCCAAAGCUCUAUACACUUAUCGAAAUUGAUGACGCUAACUUGGAUCGUAGAAUAACCUCUUAUACAAUCCUUUUGUUAUUAGACAUGUUUUAGCCCAAAUAAAGAAAGUGAUCAUCAAAGACAGACAUCGAAAGCAGAUGCAAAGUUUUUACGUGAAUCCAACAAACUUGAGAUUCCCACUCGAGAAGAUGGUACAGUGCAGCAUGACCUAUCAUCUGGUUCUCAGUUUAAUGAAUCUUGGCCAAGUACUGAUAAAAAUGUAUCUAGUUUAUCACAAAAUACUCCAUCAUCCUCAAGUACACCAGCUGAAAUAGAGAAAGAAAACCACUCUGUAAAAACAGCUAGUAAAGAUCUUCACGAAGAUAGGUUAUCGCGUCCUACCUUGUCCAAGUAUGUGACAGCAUUUAAAACAUUCUCAUGCACUCAGGGCAUUAAUAUAUUAUUUUAGAAUUUAUAGUGAUAAAAGUUUUAGACUGUAUGGGAGCCUGAAAAGAGGCUAUGUUCAUACAACAGUCUACUUUCCUGAAGGAUUUACUAUUUUUGUUAUAAUUUUUAUUUUCUUGUACAUUUCAGGUACAUUGACAGAUUUCGUCAUGGUGUUCCAACGAGUCGUGAGGAUCGUUCGCUUGCGUCAUCUGGUAAAGAUUUCUGGUGGCUGUCUCCGCCAAGCAAUACUUCAACUCCUAAAGAAACCUCUGAUUCAACAACAUCUAAAUUUACCAGUGACGGCUCUUCAAAAAUAAGACGAAAUGCAACUUCGACAUCACCUCCACGUCAGGUAUAAUGCAAUUACAAUCAAUGCCUAUUACUAUGCUUGACUUUCUGUAAACCAAGCUGAGGAGUAAAACGAGACAAUUUUGAUAUAAAAUCCAAAUAUGACGAGUUCUUGUCUAGUGAGUUGUGAGUAAAAGGCCGAUAUACACAACAAAGGUUUUAAGAACGACACCAUAGUUCAUUAUUCUGUGACGGCACCAUAGUUCAUUAUUCUGUAAAAAUCACUUGUGGCCAAAAUUUUGAGGCAUGGGCGCCAGUUGAAAUUUAUUGAAUUUUAAUUUUAUUAUUGAAUUAAUGUCAUCUUUCGAUCUUUUGCACUUAUGUUACAGUGGUGGAAAUUUUGGUGUGAUGGCGUGGGGGGGGGGGGCAAUAACGGAAAAUAGAUGAUUUGUCGGAAAUUUUAAUCCGAAAAAGGCUAAAUACAGCCGAAGUUGAGCGUAAAUAGUGGUUUUGACAGAAAUUAGAAAACGGACGUAAACUAGGGUAAAGUAGGGACGGAUUAUUAGCACAUGCAGACAGCCGCGAAAAACAUUCGUGCAACCAGAACUUUCUAAUGGUCUUGAAACAUGUUUCCCGUCUUUGUAAUGGUCCGCUCUGAUUUGUUCGUGCGAAGCAAAGCGGAAAGCAAAUUUCAGCAAUAGGCCUUGACCGAUUAUCCUCGGCAACUUUUUAGCAACUUUUUGCUUUCGGCUCAUAUUAGCAAAAUUCGUUUUUCGCUUUGCGCGAACAAAUAAUUCGCUUAGUGGGAAACGCGCUUUGACUUGACGUAAACGACUAAUAAACCACAGAAUAAAUCGUCUAUCGUACAUUGUUUCUAAUAUUUUACUACAUUCUAGAAAUAUGGGUUCAAACGUAAUCAGUUUUCCCGUCCUGUGAGAGAAGCUGUUGCAGCCAGGGAUUCUAGUACAUCCGACCUUCUAGCAAGGACUAACGAACUUCUGGAAAAGAGGUUGGUGGUAUUUUUUAUAUAAACCCCUUAAAAGAAAAAGGAAGUGCCACUUGUGUUGUGACACAAUUCCCCACUCGUUGGGCAGUCGUCCUUGCCAUUAUGUCAUAGCAUUUAAUAUUAUUUUUUCAUACCAACGUUAUGGCGUCACUCCGUUGAAUAUUAUGUCAAAACUCCAUAUUUGGUAAGCUAUUGAGUUGAUAUGACGAUAUUUCGUAGCUGACUGCAGUUUGCCAAUCAGAAAUCAUGAAUUAUUUUAAGUAAUAAAUGAUUUUACAAUUAUGUCAAUGCAUUUCUUACUCAUUAUUUAUUCAACUGGUGGUGGCAAGGGGGGGGGGGCUAGUCGGAAGUAAAUCUCUCCUCCGUCGCCCCAACCUCAUUUGAGCGGGUCUGAUUUUAAUACACGUGCAUAAUUCUGCUGCUCAGUACCGCACAUGAUGUCCAGUCAACAUUUUUCUUUUAUAGUGAAAAUACAUUGAGUGAAGUUUCUUCUGAAUCUAUACCUAAACCUCCGUCAUCCUGGAUGAUAGAAAAGCAAAAACGAUUGGAUGAUGCUGCUAAAAACCCUGUCACCAAACCACGUCGUGCUCCUGAAGAUGAUAUUCUUUAUCAGUGGAGACUUGCCAGACGACUGGAAAAGGCUCAAGAGGAAACUAAAGGUAGUCAAGGAAAGCGUUUUGGAAAUACUGCAAGUUAUCGCACUGCAGCUUUGACUCGCGGUCGAUAUAAUGCGUAUUUGCCUGAACAAGAUCAUCCCAGAUAUCACAUGGAUAGCGGAAACAGAAGGGAUGAUUUUGAACCCAGUGGAAAUACAUCUUUCAGACAUGUUUCAAAAAUGUCUGGCAGAACUGUGCAUGAGGACAAAAUUAUGUAUCAUGCAACUGAUGAUCAAUCUUGGAGGGACAAGGGUGAUGUGUCUGGUAUGCCUGAAAGAGAGAAUGUUAAAUGUAGGGAAAGGAAGAAACUUGCUGUUGCCUUAGAGAGUAAUGUACCAGCUGUAUGUUUUAUUGAUGAGCAAAAAUUACCAUCACAUGUUCACAUGAUGUGUGAUAUUGUGCCUUGUUCUAAACAAAUACAUGCAGAAAGUCGUGAUGUCGGGAGGACAAACCACUCUCCGAGUGCUUCAGACUUGCACCACAUUGAACGUGGUCAGAAAGCUCGCACAGAAUUUGAUUCAGCUGAUAUUCAGUAUCAGGAUGGUUUCCGAGAAAGAUCAAGUAUUCGUGUUGGUGAUGUUGCUGAAGGUCCAAGGAUUCAUGGAUUGACUAAUACAUCUUGUAAUCCAGGAUUAACUGACACAGAAAAAGAAAGAAAAGAAUAUGACACCACCAACAAUAAAAAUUCUUAUGGUAAACAGAAAAUUAUUCCUAACAGAAAACAACCGCUUAUGACCAAUUUAGAAACGGCUGAAUCAGAUAGUGUACGCCAAACAGCAAGCGCCUUGGAAAGCGAUAAAAAUGACCGCAGUAAAUUACAUUAUGGAGAACACGUUAAGGUAGAUACUGACAAUUCUGUGUCAAGAGAAACAGUGGAAGACCUAGAUACAGAUAAGUUUACGAAGACAGCAGAAGAAAAUGAAAGUAAACCCAAACCAAGCUUAAGAAAAGGCAAUGAUCAAACUAAUCUGGUUAAUACAUCUGCUCCACUAGUUUCACGCCAUGCACAUCAAAGAACAGACAGGGAUGGUUCUGGAGAUCAGCUAACAAAUACGCAAAAUGAAGGAGUCAUUGGAACGGUAAUUGGGCAGGUAUGUGUUGUUCCCUGCAAUGUUGAUACUAUACUGUUGAUUUCCUUCAUAUUUUAGUAUGUAAAUAUAAGCGUUAAAAUUCAAAACAGAACUAUACAAUCCCUAAAGGCUAAACAUCCCAAUAAACUAAUUACUAGCGUGUUAUAAACACAUGCACACACACGCCUAGCCUGGGUCAUAGACUUUAGCCUCUAUGACGUAGGCUAACAUAGACUCUAUGACAUACACUGCAUGUAGGCUAACACACACCAUGCAUGCAUGCUCUUCGCUGAUAGAUUUAUAAACAGCGUAUAUAUGUAAAGACACAUUGCAUGGCAGCGUUGACUUAAGUCGUUACCAGUUAUUUAGUUGGUGGUUUGAACUGUACAGUCAAACCCGCAUAAAAACACCAGUGGAUUGAGAACCACAAACGUGAUAGGUAAAAGUAAGCAGGUAUAUAUAAGCAGAUUGAUACUUAAUUAAUUUAAUUAAUACUAUUACAAAUGCAAAAAAACAUAAUCUGUUGUCUAUACUCAAAGGAUACGUUUUAUCAAGGCUUUUAAAUAGAAAUUAUUUCUGUGUAAUAUACUGUCAACAACUCACUAAUGUAAAAACAAUUCAUUCAAAAUACCCAGCCAGGAACAAUUGUUUUUGACUAGAAAUAAGAAUCAUGCAGUUAAGAACCAAUUCGGCCUGAUUUCUCAGGUGCCCAUUAUAUAUAAGAACCACUUCAGGCUGAAGAAUAGUGGUUCUUUUAUGCAGUUUUUUACUGUAUCUUGAGUGUGGGGUUCCAGUGUAGGUAACGAUGAACAAUAUUCACUGCUUUGGUUGAAUGAUCUAACUAUAUCUGAAAAAUAUACUUCGACGUUCCGAGUGAUUAGACUCUUCGUUUGUGAAUACGAGUUUACCUGUGGUUUAACUCUAUAAAUAAAGUCAUUUAAGUAAACCUCUUUAUUAUCGUAAAUAUUUUCGCAAAUUGAACAUUGUGUUGUUUCAGGUAAUCUCUGAACGUCUUUUUUCAUCCAUGUGUGAUUCUCGUCGUAGCAGUCUAAGUAGCAGUAGUGUGUAUACUGAAUGCGAGGAUGUCAAAGAUAAAAAUAAUAUGGUAUCAACUUCCAAAGAAUGUGAAAGUUAUGUUGAACAGGAACCUAAGAAAAGUAAGUUGAAGCAUACAAUAUGAAUUGAUAUACACAUCCAUGCAUAACGGAUUGCAUAUUUCAUGCAUAAUGUUCAGCGCACGAAGAUAUAUAGAGGCAGGGGCGGCGCUAGACCUCUUUGAAUGGGGGAGGGGUGUAAGUGAAUUUUGCCGAGUUAUCAAGGCAAAUUUUGCCGAGUCACUUCAACCACUAAUUAAUAUUUCUAUUAACGAGAUUACCAAAACUCCUGUGAGCACGAUACUGUAUAUAGCACGCUAUAAAAGUGAAGCGCAGGUCCGUGUGCAGCCAUAACCAUUUUACAAAUUAUAGACUGAUGCGCCAGAACAUGCCUGUAGAUUAUAUUAAUGUGGUGGUAGCCAAGGAUGAUUGGAGUUGUUGGCCAAUUACAGAAAUUUAGUUUUAUAUUCUAACUGUUCUGUCCGGGUAGAGAUGUACCGUAGAAACCCAAAAGUAGCAAGCCCAUAAUGGAGGGUGGGGGAGGGGCGCUAUGUACGGGUGGUAAAAUAUGUCAACAUAUGUGGAACAUUCUUCCACAUUGAAUUUGCUCUAUUUUUUUCUUUAUGCCAUUUCUACCUUUUACUGACUGUUUUAAUCAAAUGUUGUCAAAGUGUAACCACGGGCUAUCUAAAGUGAAGCAAAAAAACUGGAGUUUUGUAUAAUGAUAAAUUAAUAAUAAAACAGCCAUAUUUCUCCAGGGGUUUGUUCAUCUUAAACAGUUACGAAGGGUUGCUGCUUACGGGUAGCCGCUUACGGGUGGCCUUUUUAAACAUCUCAAUUUUGCCGUUACUUUCGUACACUAUACUUUCGUGAUUCUGCGGUAAUGCUUGUAAAUGCAGGAUGUGUAUAUGGAUUUCGUUCGUAAUAUUCAGUUUGUUGAACAGAUAAGGUAUCCUAGCCUGCGAGACAGACACUAAGUAUUAGACUAGUAUGUACUGAUUCAUUGCACAAUAUGAUAUCAUUCUGUAUCGUAGGCAAAUAUAAGCUCCCUGCAUGCACGGGCUUCGCCUGCUCCUGGCCCGAACUUCACAAUAUACAUUCCCCACUAUAGAAACGACUGACGCGAUCCUGUUUCCUGAUGAUGACAUAUUGAUAAGACUACGUCAACAAGCUGAUUUUUAUAGAGAACAUUUAAGGUAUUGACUUCAGUUUGGGCUACAAUUAGUUUUUGAAUUGUAGGAUAAUUUGCUUAUGAACACAUGUACUUUUUAUUUGUUUAAUUAAAAAUGCUUCUCUGAAAUACGCAUCCCCGUACGAAAUAUGUUGAAUUGUUGUAAAAACUAGGGAAAGAAAAUUAUAUAGACUUUCGGUUUUCGAAUCAGAGAAUAGAUUGGGUUUUAAACUGAAAACGAACCUGCUGAAUCUAAAGCAAAAAUACUCGAGCAAACACUUCUGUCCCAUUUAACAUUACUUAGCCAUAUCAGUGAACGUUAUAGCAUUAUGAAUGAACGUUACAAAGAACGUUUACAUUGCAUGUUCAUAUUUCGCUAUCAGUUUAUAUUGAGAAUGAUUUAAUUAAUUAAAGGAGGAUGGGAUUUAAUUAAUAGCGAGUGGGGCUUAUUUUGUUUCAGCGCCUCUAGACUGCAUGGGGCUAAUUGGGGGGGUGUAAAAGGAGGCUAAUAGAGGAAAUACAGUAGUUUACAAUUUUAACAGUUUUACGAUAUCUUACAUCCCUUCAAUUUAUAGAAAUAUCGAUGGGAUUCUAGAACAGUUGACAGAGUGAAUGCCCAAACAAAUGGAUGUUUUGAUAACUUAUUCAGUAGAUUUAUGAAUUCGUAAAAUUAAGAAUGGUCAUAACAACGCAAAUUAUGUAUAGUAUUUAUUGAAUGUAAAUUAGUUUAACAACUACUUCAGAAAUAGUAACUACUUUGUAAAACGAUUUCUUACAAAAUGUACGAAAUUUGGUACAAUUAAAUAAUAUUAAAUAUUGUUAAAUUCAUGAGCAUGGCCUUGGUUUUCGUUUGUUCUGACAUUCUGCUGGCUGAGUAAAAUGCGGCCAUUUAAAGUUGGAGAUGCACCAGCUGGGCGAAUUUGUCCUCGCGAAAAGAAGCAAUCCUAGCCUUUCGCGCAAUUUGUGCCAAGGCUACAUGCCAAUAUAUAAUCGGAGCCUCGUACGCCUUUACCGCCUUGUCCGGAUACGUAAUGGGGAAAAAAUUAAAAACUAUUAGUUUCAAUGAUAAAGUACAUAUCGAUGUUUUAAAGUGGGAUACUCUACGCCAAUCUGCGCUCAUUAUAAAACAGCAAAUUAAAUUUUAUUCCUCGUUUAGUACGACGCGAGUGAGGUAAGAGACUUUUAAAAUAACUACACAGGUUCACAUAGCCGUAAAAUUCCUAGCUGAAACUGUCCGACUUUUGAAGCUCACAAUCUCCCAUACGCAUAUAUACGACGUAUUCGAGUCUUUGAAUCGG